AUGCUCGACAUUCGUGAAACGAAGCCCACCGACUGGAAAUACGUGUCGGAAGGGGGAGCGACGAUUGUCUUCUCGUACACCGGACCUCCAAAUCCGAAUUUCGACGAAACAGUGUUGCGAUUGCGUAAAGCAUUGGUUCCAGCGCUGAGGAAGCAGAAAAAGAACAAAAAAGCACGCAAAUCACCUUGGUCGUCGCCACCCUCCACUCCUACGACGCCAACAAGUGAUCCAGACGACGAGCCGGACGAUCCAACCAUCGAAUACCAGACGAAAUGCAUGUCCAGGCUGAUUCCUCCCGAACUCCUUCCCCGCCUCGAGUCGGUGCGACUGGACCGCCAAUGGCUGGAAGACCUCGUGGAACUGCAGAACCUCAAUCGACCUGAAGUACGGAGAGACAAGGACGGGAUCGAUAUAGAUCGCAGAAAGGGUGUUCUUGCGACCGAUCUUGUGGGUGGGAACUGGUUGGCUGUAGAAAUAAAGCCCAAGUGGGCGUUCCUUCCAGCGCCUAUGCAUCUCUCGGAGGAGACCAAGCCUAUCAAGACGCAGACAUGUCGGUUUUGCAUGCACAACCAUAUGCGUAAAAUGAAGGGCGAUAUCAUCGAGAUGUGCUAUUGCCCGCUCGAUCUCUUCUCUGAGGACGAGGAUCGCAUGAGGAUCGCGAUACACGCGCUCUGGGACGCAUGGACUAGAAGUGAAGGAACGGUGAAUAAUCUCAAGGUGUUUGCACACGGCAAUUUGGUGUUUCCACAUGAGACAAAGUUAAUGGCCGCGCCCGAUGCACAAGACGCAAAUGAAGAGCAGAUCAGAGAAGCAUUUACCGACGCGUUGGUUCGGACGUUAAGGAAGACCCCAGUACUCGGAAUCUUAUCCAAGCUCCAACGGACUUUGGACACGCUCGAUAUUGAAGGGCUAUCGAGAUUGUGGAGACACACAGAGGUCUCCGCGCCAUUAUACCAAACAACCUUUGCAUCCUUCUUCGCACAUGAACCAAACGCGAAAGUUCCACCUUCUACUCCCCUCGGCGUCAGCUCCCUCUUCCUCUCCUCCCCCGAACCUGGCAUCCCCGACUGGAUUGAAUUCCUCGAUUCAUACCUCUCGUCAUUCAGCAGCCAACUCGACCAUUCCAAUCCAUCCCCCAAAGACCUCCGGUACUACCUCCUCGCGUACCUGCUUUCCGCAACUUUCAAGGACUGUUCGAUCAUUGUCCGCCUUGACUUUCUACGGCCUGGGAGUGAACCCCACAUUGAACUCAAACCCCAUACCGUCACUGUCAUUGAUUUGGACCCGAAGAGUAUGGAUAAAAUGAGAGGCUGGGAGAAGUUGGACAAGGAGAUUGCAACGGUCUACUCCAGAAAGGAGGAUAGGAAAACAUGCAUAGACGCUGCAAGGAUUUGA